AUGUUAGGAAUAAAAUGGGAAGGAUUUGUUAAAUUUGGUAAUGCAUCAGCGACAGAAAUGACCGGGAAAAAUUUCGAUAAAUGGCUAAAGGAUGGUGGAGUGAUCGACGCCAAAACCAUAACAACAACGAUGACUGGAAUUGCAUUCUCGAAAAUAACCGGAACGAAAAAGAAAGCCAACUUUUCUGAAACUCAACAAGUUUUAGUUGCAGUUGCUGAAGAUCGUGCAAGAAGUUCAAAAAAGGAUCCACAAGACGAAUUAGAUGGUAUUAUCGAGAAACUAGCAAAAUUAGAAGCUCCUUCAAUAAAAGGCGCUUCAAAAGCCUCAGCUGAUGGCGUAUAUAGUCGGCUAACAGAUCAUACAAAAUACACAGGAGCUCAUAAGGAACGUUUUGAUGCAGAAGGUAAGGGUAAAGGCAAAGCAGGCCGAGAGGAUAUAAAAGACGAUAGUGGCUAUGUGGCUGCCUACAAAAACAAGGAUACCUACCAUAAGACGCAUUCCUGA